CCAACUUUCUCGGUCGCAACCGCCCUAUACCUAGCAUUGAAUCAUUUUGACGGGUUUUGCGGAAUCUGUUCAUCAUAUUUGACACCGGAUACCCUACCCCGUGAUUGAACCGAUCAAAAAGCAAACAGCGACCAUGACAGAGGAAACCCAAGUCGCCAACGAUGUCCCUCAGUUUUCCUUCAAGAAACGAUCGGCCAAGGCCAAGGCCAAUUCUCGAAAGAAACCAGAAGCGCCACCGCCGGCCUCUGACUCCGACUCUGAUUUCACAUCCUCCGAUGAUGAUGAGGGCCGCAGAAUCAAACGGCGACGCAAGAAUGCAGCAGUGACGGCCUCAUCAACAUCUAAUGCACCCCGGCGGGAUGCUGCUGAAGAACAGCCUACGAAGACUACACCGGCUUCCUUGACAUCCAGCAAUGAUGCCACCAAGCAGUCCAACUGGUAUGACGACGAGUUAGACGCAAAGAAUCUUUUAGGGGCAACACGAGCCCGGCCGGUGUCAGACGCCCCCUUUGCUCCAGAUGGUACUUAUAAAGGCGCGGCCAACUAUCAGUCUUUCAUUCGGAAGAACCCCGAUGCUCCGUCUAAGCAAUUCGGUCCCAUCAAAGCCCCGACCAACGUCCGUACCGUGACGUAUAUGGACUAUAUGCCUAAUGUUUGCAAGGAUUACAAGCAGACCGGUUAUUGUGGCUUCGGUGACGGAUGCAUCUACCUUCAUGCGAGAGAAGAUUAUAAACAGGGGUGGGAAUUGGAUCGAGAUUGGGAGGUGAACACUAAAGGAAAGAAAGUAAGUGGGAAUGUUGUCUCCCAACGAGGCGACAAAUCUGCGAAGGACGACGACGACGAUGAGGACGAGGAGCUCCUCGAGAACAUCCCAUUUGCCUGUAUCAUCUGCAAGAAGCCAUAUCAGAACCCGACAGUCACCAAAUGCGGGCACUAUUUUUGCGAAUCAUGUGCCUUGCAGCGAUAUCGGAAGAACCCAUCAUGUGCCGCGUGCGGGGCUGGCACUGGCGGUGUCUUCAAUACUGCAAAGAAGUUGAAUCAGUUAUUGGAGAAGAAGAGGGAACGUGCACGAAAACGCCGGGAGCAAGCUAUAGCCAGGGGCGAGGAAGUCAGCAGUGAAGAUGAGGAAGAGGAGGACAGCUCUUAGGGGGCCAUCAGUGGACGGUCCAAUCUUGUUGUCACUAUUAAUGGACUCAUAUCUAUUGCAGCUGGUCUGCAAAUUGUGUAUAUAUAUAUCUAUGACAUGGGAGGAACGCUGAAAGCAGUCCAGGUUGGACAAAACUUAGCACAGAAAUAAGGAUGAAAAUUUCAACGCCCCCAACUGUGGAAAUACCAACAUUACGUGCUCCAGCUCGUCAGCCGUACAAGUCGAAGACGGAAGUCUGCCCACCUUACGCAGUGCACAAAGAAAGAAUAUCUUCUUUAGUUACUACUAGGUGCCUAGUGUUAGUAGUAGUACUGUUAGUACAGUAGCACUUCAAGCGCGUCCAUGGUAUUUCCAGAUCGCCUGACUGCUUCUCACUGGUGGGGUAGUGAUAUUUGCUGCCUAAUACUAGUACUCUACCGAGAUAUCUCAGAGGCAUGCAUUAGCCUUUUAGCUGAGUAAUGUUAAAGUGUACCCUACGGAGUACUGGUAGCUGAGUUCGGUUCAUACAAAAGGCCUUGUAGGGCUCAUUAGGGGUGAAUUGGAGCCAAUCCGUUUCCUCGGGUCAAUUGUC